CACAAGUGGAACAAAGCCGAUUUUAAUGAGCUCGUGGCAGUGGCAACACAUGAGCCCAGCACUUGUCCCUGCCAGCCAACUAUAAAUGGCAACAGGCUGGAGGUUUAUGCGAAAAGUUGCAGAAAGUAAUAAGCCAACAAAACACAGCACAAGCCAAGGCAAAUCCAAGGAACAAUAAAGAAGAGCCAUCAAAAGACCAAAAGAAACUAACCGAAGAAAAACGCUUAAAUCAGCAAAACGAAAACUCUGGAAGGCAGGGGAAAGUUUUCCCGGGACGCAACGUAACAGGAUUCCAUUUCCUGAACACAGCAAUCCUCAUCAUCGGCUGCUUGGUCCUUCUUUUGCAAAGGAUUACUUGUACCCGCACUCGUACUCGUACUCGUAUAUAUUAUGCUGCAAACAUGAAAUACCCAAACGAUACACGAAUCAUUGUGCUCAUUUGCUGUUUGCUGCAAGGUCUGGCCGUGGGCCUGCGCAUGAUCAAGGUCUCCAUUCCUGCCUACAAGCUGCGGGGCGAGUCCGCCUUCCUCGAGUGCCAGUACGAGCUGAACCGCACCCACCACCUGGGCCUCGGUGGCCAUGGCCUGCAAACCCACUCGGAUCACAGCUACGGCCGCAACCACGACCGACCGUCUCACGCCGGAGACUUCCACUACCCGGAUGGGGCGGAGUCGGUGGACGAUGAACGACCGCCACAUCGUGGUCGGAUGCACCAGGGCCAGCGACAGCAUGGACAGCGCCAGCGUCAGCGUGACCGUGAGCCGAUCGCCAUGGGACAGUACCGCAACCCGCCGCCACUGACGCCGCCAGAGAAGUCUCCCUAUGGCCACAGCGUGUAUCGCGGGAGUGCCGCCUCCGGGUACCUGGGCGCCCAUGUAGGCGCCAGCACCCACAGCGGCGGCAGCAUCAGUACCAACGGGGGCUCCAUGGGCUACAUGCCGGAAUUCGACCGAACGGACAGCUUCGGAGACAGCGCCGAGGAGGAGGAUGAGGACGAGGAGGAGCAGGCCGAGGAGGGCGAGGCCCUAUACGCCAUCAAGUGGUACAAGGACAACGAGGAGUUCUAUCGCUAUGUGCCAAAGGCCCGACCCCCCAAGACCAGCUACCGCGUGGAUGGAGUCCGUGUCAUUGAGGAGCUCUCCGAUGCCAGCCGCGUGCUGCUGCGAGGCCUCACCCUCAACUCCACCGGCCUCUACCGAUGCGAGGUCUCCGCGGAGGCGCCCAACUUCUCAUCGGUGCAGGGCGAGGGCCGGAUGGAUAUUGUCUUUCUCCCCCGCGAUGGUCCGCACAUCAGGGGCCAGCAGUAUCAGUAUCAAAUUGGCGAAUAUCUAUAUUUAAAUUGCACGUCGGGGAAAUCGCAUCCGGCCUCGCAUCUGCAGUGGUUUGUCAAUGAGCAGCCGAUCCUGGACGAGCAUUACCUGUACAAAUACAACGAUAUCGUGCACAAACACGGGCUAAUCACCUCGACGCUGGGCCUGCAGCUGCCGCUGGAGUCGCGCCACUUCCACGACGGCGACAUGCGCGUCAAGUGCCUGGCCAGCAUAUCCCCGGUCCUGUGGAAGGGCGGCAAGGAGAGCGUACUCCAGCGGCGGCCGGGCAUCAUUGACAAUCGGGAGGCCAUGCUCCUGGUGAGAAGUGCAGCUGGUCAUUCGCAGAACAGUCUACUGCGCUCCCUUACCAUCACCAUCAUUGUGGCCCGCGCGUGUCAGUGGCUACUCGGCUCGGAGCUGACCUAAGCGACCAGAGGCACGCCCCUGACUCUGCCACCCAGACUCGUUUCAAUUAACAUGAAUUCAUUUUCAAUUCAAUUCAAUUGCAAUUGCAGAGCAUAAAUGGUGAUUUUGUAUACUUUAAGUGUAAAAUCCUUAGUUUUUAAGAGCAAACCGCAUGAGAUCAGAUCAGAUCAAAACGAACAGGACAGACGACAGGGGCACUGGAUCACAGGAUCACCAAUCAAAAGGCGACAAAUUGGGUAAAUGUGCUAUAGCAUGUAAAAAUCAUUAAGAAAGCAACCAAAUACAUAGUAUUAAAAGGAAGGGUAGUCAGCCAGCACUCAGCCACUACCUUAAAACACUGCUUAAUGCAGGAGCAGGCCGGAACCGAAACUGAAACGGAGGCUAGAAUACAGCAGAGCGGAAUUCAAUUACCAAAAUUGUUGAGCAAGUGAAUUCCCAUCCGGAAUAUCAUGCAUCCACUUCAGACAACUCCAAUCCCGCCCCAUUCCCGCCCCAGCCGUGGGCUCGUUGUGCGUAAUUUCUGUGUAAAUACUUCAAUGGGAGGACUAAAGGCUAAAGUCCAAGGCAAACUCCGAGCUCUUGUCCAAUAAUGUCUCAUUGGCAUCAGCUUCGAAUGGGAGCUGGAACUUUGCCAUAACAGAUGCUAAAACUAGAUAAUUCCUAAAACAAAAACGAGAAACGAAAGCUGCAAGAAUGAAGAGUGCAACGACAUUUUAGUUUUUCGGUCUAUUUAUUCUGUUAUUCUGGCCAUUGAAGGGAAUUUUAGUUUGUAUUUAGUUUUGUAAUUGCUUUUAACAGAACAGAACAGAAGAGAACUGUGAAUAUGCAUGAGUUAGCCUAGCUUUCAAGAAUUGUCAAAAACUAUAUGCACAUUCCCAUUGUAAGACCCUUUGAAGUACAGCUUCCUGAAUAAAUGUGAACACUGUAUAAAAGAAAAACUGGAUAUUAUCAUAUAUUACAUACAUACAUAUAUACAUAAGAACCUCUGUUUAACUAGAACCAUAAGCCAUCUGUUUAAGUUGUAGCUCUAUCGAGGUGAACUAUCGUUUGAAAAUUCCAUUGACUUGUACGUAGUAUUACCAAAAAAA